AUGGCGUCUAAUGGUCUGAAGGUAGCGCUUGUACUUGCGCCCGGCCUGUUAGUCCAACUGUGCCAACCCUGGCAGAGCACACCAAUCUCGUCUCAAAGCAAUAUCAACAUCAACUGGUUCACCCACGCCGUGCCGCAGCAAUCGACGGGAGCCACGACACAAUACAACUACUGGCAGCGACCUUCGUCCAAGGCUAAGCUCCUCCGGCAUGCUGGCGCGCGUUGUCUGGCUUCUCAGGAGAAGCUCCAGAGCCUCUUCCCUUUAGCUCUCAAUGGCUGCGGCUGGGAAAGGUUCGGCGCGCUCAUCACCACACUCUAG